CUCUCAUUGAGAGUCAGUCAGUCAGUCAGUCAGUCUCAGUCCGCCGGAGCGACGCGGUUCGCGCGCAUCGUUACGCAUCGCGCGCCGUUCGCAAGCGUACAGUGGAGAGUUCGCGUUCGCGCGCGCCUCUCUCGUGCUCUUUCACCCUUUUUCGAUUUCUCUCUCUCUUUCUUUUUCUCUCUCUCUCUCUCCCCCUCAUUCUCUUUCUGUUUUACCGAUCGAAGGGGUAGACAACCGUGCGUUGAAAUCACCGCGGGAUCUCCGCCGCCGAGAGAGGAGCGGAGAGGAGACGCGCGAUCGUGUCCUGUGCACGCGCGCGCGCGCGCCCCGUGAAAUCCACCGAUUUCACGCGUCGGAUCGCUAACGGCACGCACGCCCGCGGCCCGGCACGUUGAGCGCACGGGGACCCGGGGAGGCGGCGCCGGGAAACGUCGUUGCGCGUUAACCGCCAAGGCACGCACGGCGGCUGCCAGGGGGAAGGGGGCGAGUUUUCUAUACCGGUGUGCGUGCAACGUGCAACACCUGGGGCAGCGAGUGGCGCGCGGCUGCGGCGGCGGCACGUCGCGGGCAAUUAUUAUGCGAUCGGCUGCGGCCGCCCUGGCCGCGGCAGCGGCGCUGGCCCUUCUCCUGGACGCGGCACUCGCCCGGCACCAGCACCACUCCGAGAACCCCGUCUACAAGCCGUCCGGUGACAUCUCCCUCUGGAUCGACCAGGAGCAAAUCAAGAUGUUCAGCGGGCUGGCAAUGGAAAUAUACGCGAUUGCGGAGGGUCAAGUGCUCGCAUAUCUUUUGGAUCCGGAAUUUGAAAAUAAACUGCCGAUCAUACCGAGCGAGGUGUCGCACGUGAACUUCACGUGGAAAUCAGGAGUCAAAAAGUACUAUUAUAAUUUUUUUCGUUUAAAGUCGUUCGACGAGAGCAUCUUGAAAACUCCAUCCAUCACGAUUAAAACGCAAGGACGGGUGCCUAAGCGACCGAAAGAAUUCAGCAUUCUUCUACCUUGCGCCGGCAAUUCGGGCGUAGCGCAAUUCGGGAUCAGUCUGAUGAUCGAGACCCGCAAGGGGAAACCUCUAAACGGGACGCCCCUCCGUCUCCGUUUGAGAAAAGAAUGCACCGUGCGCGAGCCUAAUCCUGGUCCCUGUCCAGAUGGUUAUCUAGGGCCCCAUUGUAAAAAAGCGCUUUGUUAUCCGAAUUGUAUGAAUGGCGGUAACUGCACGGCGCCAGGCGUGUGCUCGUGCCCGCCAGGAUAUCAAGGUCCUUACUGCGAAGGAGGUAUCUGCACGGAGAAAUGUUUGAAUGGAGGAAAGUGUAUUCAGAAGGAUGUCUGCGAAUGUCCAAAAGGUUAUUUCGGCUUACGCUGCGAAUUCUCCAAAUGUGUCAUUCCCUGUCUCAAUGGAGGCAAAUGUAGAGGCACUAACAUCUGCAGGUGUUCGAACGAAUACAAGGGCAAUCACUGCGAAAUCGCAACCACUGCACGCAUAACGUCGCAACGUUCAGCAUGUAGCAAACCGUGUAAACAUGGAACCUGUCAAUCGAACGACACGUGUCUCUGUGAGCCUGGCUGGUACGGGAAGUUUUGUCACAAAAACAAGCCAUGGGCUUAGGAACUAAUGGAAUACCUGCAAUGUUAUUUUUCGUACCAACUGUGGAUCCUUUGGAAAAAACGACGUCAUUCUAAAAUCACCGGACGGAAUUAUGGCAGAUUGUGUUUCAUAAUAUAUCCUGAAUUGUAUUGGAGAAACGAAAGUCGUAUGUGUUCGUAGAGAAGGAAUCUCGCGACAUUAAAACGAUUCGAAGAUUCGUAGUAUUCUUGUUUUCAUUUGUGGUGCGAGGAUAAAGAGACAUUUAAAACUUCACAAGAUUUAGAUUCAAAUCUCGAUUGGUAGCGUUGAUGUAAAAUUCGUAGUUUCUAAUUUACUCUGCCCCAGAUGUGAUAUGUAAAGAGCUGCUUUAUGCCAUUUUACAACAUUAUUAUAUUUAGGUAUUAAUACUUUUGUACUGUAGAUGUAACAAUUGUAAAAACAAAAUAGGAACAAAAUGUAUUUUCUGUAAUGGUUUUAGAAAGCAUGACUAUGAAAUAAUUCAGCAUUGUAGUAGUGUGCCUGUGAUGGACUUCUUUGCCUAUCUUUUUCUGUGUAUAUCUUAGAAUAUAGAUAAAUAAAUGUGGUUUUAUUAUAAA